CAGUUGUUGCACAGCUUUUCAAUAAGACAGACAUGUCGCAUAAGUUGAAGUUGAAUUUCAGUUCAGAUUUCCUUGUUCAGAUAACACCAAAUGAGUGGAAAAUUUUAUUGAAUCUUUAUUCGACAAAGAGGACUGAAUCAACUGGAUAUAAUUUAAUAAAGAAUUUUAUCGAAUGGAUAGAAAAGACACCCGAGCUAAAUAUCAAGUGCUUUUCACUAGACGAAGAAUGGAAAAAUGACGGCACUUUUAUUAUGAUUGUACAUCAUGGAGGGCCUCUGAAAUUUGCCUACUUUAAUACCUUGAGCCAUAAUCUUGAUCGUUUAAGCCGCUUGAUUUUCUGUUGCUUGACUAAAGCUAAAGAAUAUUUGAUAUAUGGUUAUGGACAACGUCUAGUGCCGGCAGUCGUUGCCUAUACAAAGAAAUUUGAGCAUGAGCAGCUAGAAACUGCACAAACAGCUUGGUACAGAGCCAGUAAAGAAGUUGUUGCCGCAUUCUCCAUAGAACCUCCUUCUGGUAUUACACUGCGCAAAUUGGAAAUUGAAGAUGCUCCAUCUAUAAAUGAAAUAUGGCCACAUCGAGGUGAGGGUUCUGUAAAGUUUGUGGAAAAUUUGAUUGAUCACAAUAUAUCGGUGGGUGCCUGCGAUAACAAUGGAAAAUUGAUAGCCUGGUGCUUGAGAUUGCCAUUGGGUUCGUUGGGCGUGCUGCAAGUUCGAGAAACACAUAAGCGUCUUGGCCUUGGUAGUUUAAUGGUGCGUUACAUGUCCAAAAAAAUAUCUGAACUGAAACAGGAAGUUCUAGCCCCUGUAGUCACAGAGAACACGCCUUCUCGGAAAAUGUUUGAGAAACUGGGCUUUCAGCACAUUGACAAUGUUUAUUGGACCUACUAGGCAGCUGACGAGACUGUAAAAUUGACAAUAAAGAUUGCGAUAACUGACUACGAAUAUCUUGUAAUCAUCUAGCAACCUAAAAAUUAUA